AUGGAUUCCACUCAAACUGAUAUUCUUCACCCAAAGCUACAUCUAAAGGUGUUCAAGGUUCAUCGAAAGCAUAUAAGGGUAAAAAGAAAAGGAAACAAGAACAGAAGUCAAAAAAAAGUAGAAGAACAAGUGGUUAAAGAGAGUGUACCUACAAAGACUAGCAGAGGGGUACUCAAAAUAACAAAGAAUCCUACUAAGAAACCAUCUGAAUCUAAAACCAUGAAACUUACAGAAGUGCCUACAGUCGAAAUUGUUGAGCCAGUAGCUGGGAAAGUUUCUUAUGAGACUGUUGCUCCUAUUGUAGACACACUUACAAAAGAAGGUGAACCUGUUGCGACAAAUGGGGUUUUAAAGAGGGUGAAGAAGCUACAGUUUACACGAAGAGGAGUUGUGGUACAAAAAUUAAAGAAGCAAAAGCCAACUCCUGUUGAGGAUAAAAUAGACAAUUUUUUGUGGAAUUAG